AUUCUCCAAUUUGCCAAGCGCUCUUCUUUCCUAGCAUCAGCCUGAUCAGCCAUUCAUGGCUCGCCGUGUUUCCGCAGCCCACGCGGCUCUUGCCGUGCUCAGCGUGGCGUGUCUCCUCGCAGUGCCGGCCUUAGCGGAAUCGAAAGUGGUCGAGCUAAACUCGGCCAAUUUUAACGAGGUCGUGGGCCUCACAGACAACGUGUUCGUCAAGUUUUACACACCAUGGUGCGGCCACUGCAAGCGCCUGGCUCCGGACUGGGAGAAGGUCUCCCUUUUGUACCGCACUACACCGGACAUUGUCAUCGCUAAGCUGGACUGCGAUGCGGAGAAGGACAUGUGUCAGAAGUUCGCCGUCUCCGGCUUCCCCACGCUCAAGUUCUUCCCCGCGCAGGCCACCACCCCGCAAGAUUUCAUGGAGCAGCGCACGAUCGAGAACAUCGUCGCGUUCCUCAACAAGAAGCUCGGCGCGAAGAUCGUGCUGCCGACGGUGCCGUCGGACGUGCUGGCGCUGACGGUGAAGACGUUCGACGAGGCCGUGCUGGACCGCGAGAAGCACGUGCUCGUCGAGUUCUACGCGCCCUGGUGCGGUCACUGCAAGAGCCUUGCUCCUACGUACGAGAAGCUGGCGCAGAUCUUCAAGCCCGAGAAGGACAUCCUCAUUGCCAAGGUUGACGCGGAUGCCGAGAAGUUUCUUGCCUCCAGGUACAAGGUGGCGGGGUUCCCCACGGUGUGGUGGUUCCCCAAGGACAACAAGGACGGCGAGGAGUACCAGGUGGGGCGCGAGCUCAAUGACUUCGUCGGCUUCAUCAACGAAAAGGCCGGCACCUUCCGCAGCGACACCGGCGGGUACAACAACAAGGCAGGGCGAGUGCCGGCACUGGACGAGCUGGCAGUGAAGUUCAUGAAGGCGGAGGGCGAGGAGGCGAGGAGAGCCGUGCUGGCAGAGGCAGAGGCGGCCGUGGUUGCUGUGGACCCCGCCAACGAGCUGCAGAGCAAGGGAGCGCCGCACUACGUGAAGGUGAUGAAGGCAGUGCUGGAGCCAGAGAAGGGCGACGCUUAUGUGGAGAAGGAGGCUGCGCGCGUUGCCAAGCACCUCGCCGGGACCCUGAAGCUGCCCACCAGGGAGACCAUGAGCCUGCGCCACAACGUCAUCUCCGCCUUCCUGCCCCCCCCUCCCCCUGCUGCGCCUGCCGCUACACCGGCUGCUGAAGAGAGCAAGCCAGAGGGUGCUGCUGCUAAGGCUGCUGCAGAUGCUGAAGCCACUGCUACAGCUUAAAUGCCACCUUUCUACUCGGUUGCUCCGUACCUAUCUUAGUGGUGAAGCCAACGGUUUGGCCAGUUGUUUAGACAAGGCAGCAAUUUAUGCGUCCCUAUUAUGACUACAUGGGUGGAGCUUUGACUUGCUAACAGUAUUGUAAGGUUAUUUUAUCUGGAAGAGACUUUAUUUAGCCGCUUUUUCUCAAUGC